AUACACCACUCUCGUCAUAACCAGAAUCUAACACCUAAAAUCAACCCAACUUUAUUGUUUCCAUUCAUCCUCUAAGAGGUUCUCUUUUUUUUCUUCCUAAUUUUCGAUUUCUGAGGAAAAAGGACAAAUUUUUGAGGUCCUGUUUCCCUCCCCUGUUUUCAGUUCAUAAAUUCAAGAAAACAUGAGCACAACCCAUCAAAAUACUCCAUUUUUCACUGGAAAAGAUGAUUCUGAUAUUGGAUUAUGUCUUUCGCAACUCAUUUUAAACAGUAAUUCAAACACUCUGGAUUCAAUAUUUUCCAAGUGUUACGAACCGGGCCCUGCAACGGGCCCUGUUUUGGAGCCGCUGGGAUCAUCAGUGUACCUGCGGCAGAGAGAUUUGAUCAAUCAAUUCUCGGCCGUGAAUUCAAGAAGCGCGCUGAGCGGGCCGAGAAACGGCAAGAUGUACAGAGGAGUGCGGCAGCGGCACUGGGGGAAGUGGGUGGCGGAGAUACGGCUGCCGCAGAACAGGAUGAGGGUGUGGCUCGGCACCUACGACUCGCCGGAGGCCGCCGCCUACGCCUACGAUCGCGCGGCCUACAAGCUGCGCGGCGAGUACGCCCGCCUCAACUUCCCCAACCUGCGCGACCCGGCCGGCCUCGGCCUCGCGAACGGCCCGCGCCUCGACGCGCUGAGGAGCGCCGUCGACGCCAAGAUCGAGGCGGUGUGGCAGAAGGUGAAGAGAGAGAAGAAAGCCCGCAGAGCCGCCAGGAAAUUGGAGGGAAAGAGAAGCGAGAGUGAAAGUGGGAGUGGCGUGAAGAAAGCUGAUUCUUCGGAGAGCUGGAGGGCUAGUGUUUCUGGAGAUGGGUUGUGGAGCGGCGUGGAGUUGCCGGGAUCAGUGUCGUACGCCGUAGCUGCGGUGGAGGAGCCGGAGAUGGAUGGAUGCUUGCUUGCUCGGCUGCCGUCUUAUGAUCUCGACUUAAUAUGGGAAGUUCUUGCCACUUAGUGGUAUGCUUCCCGUCUAUUAGGCUGAGACCCUAGAAUAUGAAUCUCAAUUCGUCAAUUAAACAAAUAGGAAUAUUUGUAUUAUAUAUACAUCCAAGAAAUUUGGAGGAUCGAAUUUUUAUGUGGGUAGCUUGUAUAGUCAAAGUGGUAUAUUUGGGUUGAGAAGCUUUGCCCAUCCGGGUUUUAUAUAUGGAUGUAUCUGCUUCUAAUUCGUAAUUCUACGACGUUUUAUAUUAAA